UUUUAUUUGGAUUUUGAUUUGGGUUGCGUGGGCAUGGAGGCAAAAUAUGAACCACUGAAAGAAAUUGGAUCCGGCAACUUUGGGGUGGCGAGAUUGGUGAGGGAUAAGAAGACCAAGGAGCUGUUUGCGGUCAAAUAUAUUGAAAGAGGAAAGAAGGCACGGUUCUUCUUUCAGCAGCUAAUAUCUGGAGUUAGCUACUGUCAUUCAAUGGAAAUUUGUCACAGGGACCUAAAACUGGAGAACACACUGCUGGAUGGAAGUCCAACUCCACAGCUUAAAAUAUGUGACUUUGGUUAUUCCAAGUCAGGUUUGUUGCAUUCACAGCCCAAGUCAACAGUAGGAACACCAGCAUAUAUUGCACCGGAGAUCCUCUCACGAAAGGAAUAUGAUGGGAAGAUUGCAGAUGUUUGGUCCUGUGGUGUGACGCUAUAUGUCAUGUUAGUUGGAGCAUACCCUUUUGAAGAUACUGAUGACCCUAGAAAUUUCCGCAAGACGAUUGGGAGAAUUAUGAGUGCCCAGUAUACCAUACCUGAUUAUAUACGCUUGUCUAAAGACUGCAGGCAUCUCCUCUCCCGUAUUUUUGUUGCAAAUCCCACAAAGAGAAUCACCAUCCCUGAGAUAAAACGACACCCAUGGUUUCUGAAAAAUUUGCCAAAGCACCUAAUCGAGGGGGAGAAAACAAACUACAAGGAAGCUGACCGUGGCCAACCUCUUCAGAGUGUGGAAGAGAUAAUGCGGCUCAUACAAGAGGCAAAGACACCUGGUGAAGGAACCACCACUGAAGGCAAAAUAACAGCUGGUGGAUCAUUGGACACAGAAGAUGACUUGGAAUCUGAAGGUGGAAGCAGUGGAGACUUUGUUGCCCCUGUUUGA